UGCACAAACGCAUGUCAUGAGAACAGCCACUUGUCGCCUGUGCUUGCAAAUCACGGGUCAUUCGUUAACAGAGUCGUUUGGUAAGAGGCCCCGGGGAGAGAGAGAGACGGAUUUGUUUCAAAUGAAUUCUUAACGAGGUCUUCUGGGUGUGACUGGGGCUUGUUAAUGAUCAACACAGUCCACCCUUCUCACCAGGCCAUCACUGUGGAUACCAAGAACCCGUAAACACCUCCACCUACAGCUGAAGCUCCUGUUCGACUUUAAAUGAUGUAAUAAGGAACUAACCUGUUCUUAUUUCUAUUCUAUUUCUAUUCUUAUUCUAUUAUUAUUUUUUAAAUAUGUAUAAUUCUUCAUAAGAGGAGCCAUGUGGCAGGAUCGGUCCAAGGAUAGCAUCGCUGCGCAAGUCACCUACUUUUCAGGCCACAAAGGAGAGGUGAAUUGCUGCGCGUUCUCGCCCGACUGUCAACUCGUUCUCACGUGCUCGGAUGAUGGCCGCCUUUACCUGUGGAGAUUGUCCAAUGGGAAACUCGUGGCCAAAGUACAUGGUCACACAGGGCCGGUGAAACGGUGCACUUUUUCCAAAGACGGCUGUUUGUUCGCGAGCGCGUCACAUGACUGUACCACACGUGUCUGGAGCACGUCACCCAUCCAGUGCAUUCACAUUUUGACAGGUCACUUGCGAAGUGUUGAGACGGUGACCUUCAGUCUCGACGGCCGAAGCCUGGUAUCAGGGGGGUGGGACAACAUAGCAUUGCUCUGGGACAUCCAUACUGGACUCAGACUGAGGCAGUUCUGUGGUCACAGUGCUGCUGUUCAGAGCAGUGCAUUCUCCACAGAUUCACAGUGGCUGGCCACAGGCUCAUGGGAUCACACUGCGAAACUGUGGAGUCUCAGUGGCGAUGAGGAGGUCGUGACCUUAACAGGGCAUCGGGGGAAUGUGGUCUGUCUCUGCUUCUCCACCACUGGGAUGUUGGCAUCCGGUUCGUGGGAUGGAACGGUGCGUGUGUGGUCACUGCAGAGGCGUGAGUGUGUGUUCGUGCUGGGUGGAGGUGAGCGUGUGUGGGUGAAGUGUGUGGCUUUCUGUAGAGACGGAUCAGUCCUAGCAUCCACUGCCGAAGGGGACAAGGUGAGAGUCUGGGACAUGGCAGACGGCAGGUGUGUAAAGUGUUUACAGGGACACAAGGACUCAGCAUACGGGUGUGUAUUCAGCCCUACUGAUGCCCUGCUCACUAGUGGCUCUGACCAGCUUGACCUGGGUGAGACAGAAGACAACGAUGACGAAGAGGAAGAAAAUAAUAAGCGAGAGGACGGACAAGACAAACUAAAGAUUACAAAAUGUCAUAUUUUUUUGGAAAUAAAUAAAUAAAUAAACCAUCCACGGGGGGCUGCAGAUGUUUACACACCGUUAGAUCACAUCAGCGCGAUUUCCCAGAAAGUUUGGAAAGGACAAUAAUAAGCAGCAGUGUUGACACAAUUGAGAGGCGUGACCUCUCGUAUGUCUGACUUUGACAGCAGGCUACGUUUACUGAUCAACUUUGGAAGCAUCACUAAGCUCUCUAGAAAUGUUGUAGACCAGAUACGUUCGAGGUUUAUUACCUUGUGCAUGAAGAUACAGAACAAUGUUUAAAGCAGCUGCUAACAUCUGGCCUUCCGUCACCGACAUCUGUCGUGGAUGAUUUCUCAGACAAAGGGCCUAGUGAUGUUUAUAGUUAUCCCCGUCUACAUCGUGAACUAGGGCAUGAAGCACUCUCAGUGUGUGCUAGAGCCAUGCACACACUAGUAAUAGUUUCACCAAAGUCAUGGCUAGCCAGGUUAUGAAGAAGUCUCCAUAGUUUCAGACAUGUCUACAAAAAAGACUCGAUGGUCUUGCAGCAAACUAACUGAAAGGGACAUGCAAAGACGGUUGGUCAGCAGGUCGUCCCCCGGAACCUUGUAUACGCUCCGAUUUAGGCCGACGUGCCUGUUACAUCCUCAGGCCACAAUUCUGUAUCAGUAAAAUACUGCAUGCAUUUGUGACACUGCACAAUUCUCCAAAACAAUACUCCAAAUGUCAAGUCGUGCCCUAAUGCGGUAUUCUGUGCUUUAUGAGAUAAAUCAGCCCGAGAUAAAAUAUCAAGGUGCAUUUGCUUCGCACGUCUACUGCAUCGAGUAUUCUCACAUCAUUUUCAUCAACCCAGGUGUAAUGCUAUAGCUCCAGGUAAAAACCCAGACACAGAUCUUAAUCAAUAAUUAAACGCUGCAGUAAUUAUAGUUAUGAUUUACAUUGAUGAAUAUUGGGAAAGACACAACCAGUGUGUGAGGGUGGCAGGUUCAGCUAUCCCCAGUUCUCGAGUUUAAGUGAUUUACUUGUCUUGUUCUACUUUAGACAGGUCUUAUAUUUAGGGGAUCCAAGCAUGAAAGGGUGCUGGAAACUCUUAAUAGAUGAACAUGUCUGUUGGAACACACUCAUUAAAUUGCAUUGCUUGGAUGCUAUCAGUAUUUGUGAUGUAGAAUACUUUUGAUAUAAUGAUUUAUUUGAUCUUUCAGUAGAAGCGGAACACACAGACACCCAUGGGUUCAGUAAUAAACAACCGGACAAGCCCCAUUUUCUGACUUUACAGCAGUGAUGUUAAAAUUUCAUAGUCGUUAAAGUUACGCACA